AUGUCAUUCGCAAGAAAGAAUGUCGCGUCGGGCAAAUUUUUACAAUUCCCAGAAACUUUAAGGGCCGGGUCGUACUUUGAUAGUGACCCUCUUCACUCGACAGUGGAUUACGAGGCGGCUGUCGCCCAAGCGAAGGAACAUGAUGACCUUCAGACAAUCUUCUUUAUCAACUUCCCAGCCAAAGUAGAGGGCGAUGCCUUGAGAGAACAACAGAAACUCCAGAGCUUGCUUCAGUCGUGGCAGGCCUGGGCAUCGACCACUUGCGAGGGCAAGAUUCUGCAGCAAAUCGAUAUCGGGGGGUUGCCUAUCGAUAUCAAUGGACAGGUUUUACGGGGGGCAUACAGAGCCAAAGUUUUCGACUACCUGUUCCGUUCUUCUAUUUGGUUUGCCAAGACCUUUGACGAGAACAUGUCGAUACAUGUGGAGGCCAAGCAAGCUGACUUUCACUCGGAGAUUUUGUCACGAAUUUUAAAAGACUUUUCAGUGCCCAAUACCGUUUUUGAAGAUCUGGAAAAGAUCUUGGAGCGGAUCAGUGAGGGCAUCGUAUCGUCAAGUGAGAGCAGUUCUCGGUCUCCUCAAUAUUGGAUCAUGUUGACCAAAUACAACUGGUCAGCCGACACCCAAACCAUGACGGCUGUGGUUCGCGUUAUUCAAUUCAGGGUCGAUCAAAGUGCCAAGCAGUAUUGCAGUAACAAGGCAUCUUAUAUCGCUGUGAAAUGUGAUUUGGAGCACCAUCAUUAUCAAGCGGAUUUCAACAGCAAAUUUUACUCGUCUUUCAUUCGACCGAAAAUGGAUGAAAAUCUUGUCAAGUUAGGAGAGGAACUAGUGGCAAGAAACAGUGUUGAAGUCACUAUUCCAGCUUGA